ACUGGCCAAUCAGGACCCAGAGAAGCAAAGCGCACACUCGAGACGCGAUUGGUUUGUAGUCAGCCAAUCAGAGGGCGAGGGGGGCAGCUGUGGGGACCCUGACAAGCAAUAUCCUGGGGGGGCUCAGUGCAGGGGGAAGAAUGGGCGAGGUGGAGGUCUCCACCCAGGCCUAUGCUAAGAUGUGCCUCCACGCCGCCCGGCACCCCCACGCCGCUGUCAAUGGGCUGCUCCUGGGGCGCCGGGGGGGCCCCCCCGAGUGUCUGUUCCUCACCGACUGCGUCCCCCUUUUCCACAGCAACUUGGCUCUCAGCGUCAUGCUGGAGGUGGCUCUGAACCAGGUUGAUCUGUGGGCGUCUCGCUCUAACCUGCUGGUGGCUGGGUACUACCAGGCCAAUGCCGGGCUGGACGACAUGAGCCCCACCCCCCUGGCUCUGAAGAUGGCUGGACGCCUGGCUGAGCUCUCUGAGGGUGCUGUAUUGAUCAUGCUGGAUAACCGGAAACUGACCCAGAACCCCCGCGUGCCCCCCGUCGUUGUGCUGGAGCAGCGGGAUCGGCACUGGCUCCCCAAGGACAAGAACCUAGUCAUGUGGCAAGAUUGGGAAUCCUCCCGCCACAUUUGCAAGUCCCUGCUGGAGGCUAAAGCUCACACCCAAUUGGUCGACUUCGACGCCCACCUUGAUGACAUCAGACGGGACUGGACCAAUCAGCACCUCAACACCGAGAUCGCCCGGCUGGUGUCUGUCGCCAAUGGCAGUGCCUGAGGGACCCUAUUGGCUGGCCUGGGGAAACCAGGGCUGUAUUCUGAUUGGACUGCUUGGAACAAUGGCACACCCCCAUUGGCUGGCCCGAGUAAAGACUCAGCUGACUUUCACUGAUUGCUUUAUAUUUAUUCCACCCCUUCCCCUCCCCCAAUGAGCCCAGACUCCUCCCAUCAGCCCCCAAAUGCUAAAUUUAGGUCCCUUUUUUGGCUACUGCUAGUGGCUACGAGAGAUGACGGAAUAUUUCCUAGUGGAUAAUUUAUUUGACAAAUUUAGUCUACCUUUGUCUUCAGAACUGUGAUUUCCUCAAAUUUAUUCAUUAUUCAUAUUCAUCAUUGUUUUUGCAGAUUUCACAAAGUUUUUUAUUUUGGCCUUUAAUUUCCUUUGGAUUAUUUUUAUUUUUCCUUUUCGGCACCUGAUUGUUCUGUCGUUUUCCCAGCAUCCUCCUUCCCCUAAGCGAUGAGUGUCGGACGGCAAAAAACUGAAGGCCAUUCAAUGCCCCAAACCUCCUGACAUGCAAAAUAUGACCGUCAAAACCCCAAGGAAAUGUCACCACCGACCUCGGACCCUACAGAAUUUGGGGCCAUUUGCUUUCAAUUCAUUAAUUUUAUUUUAUUGCAACUCCUUAAACCGCUAAGGAACAUAAGGCAAAACUAGUUGCGAAAAGGACAAAAUAAAGAAUUAAAAUGCCAAAAA